AUGGCCGCUUCAUUCAACUGGGAUUAUGACAUGAAGGUUCUUUACUUCGCUAGUUUCAUGAUUAUGGUCCGUUGCCUCUACCGAGUCGUUGAGUACAUUCAAGGAUCAACUGGCUUUUUGCAAAGACAUGAGUACUUUGCCUAUAUUUUCGACGCGACCCUUAUGAUGUGUGUUAUGGCCAUCUUUAUCGUGUUCCAUCCAAGCCAGAUUUUCACCGGCCAGCAUAAGGAACUGGAUGAAACGGAAUUGAUCUACAGGCGCCAAGGGUACGGGCAGCAAGUUUGA